AUGAGCGGCAUUACGAAGUACACGGCUGCCGACUCCACAAGCUCCACCAAGUCCUGCUGCACCGCAACCAGCCAUACAUGCAGUAUCACCAAGUCCCCGGGAGUUACCACGACCUGCGCCAGCAACACCAACAGUAUCACUAAGCCCACGGACGCCUGCGUCAGCACGACCGACGUCACCAAGUCUGGUUGCUCCACCACCCAGUCCAGCCGCACCUCCACCAAGUCCAACGGCAGCGCCAGGUCCAACACGGCCUGCACCGUCUAG